AUGGCCCACGUGAUAAGACGUUGCUUCACCACUACAGUUUCAAGACAGGCCAAAAAACUAACAAUAGGUUUAAUACCAGCUGAUGGUAUAGGAAAGGAAGUUAUUCCUUGUGCGAGACAAGUUCUCGAAGCACUUCCGAAUAUCGGAGAUAGUCCAAGUUUUAAUUUUAUAAACCUAGAUGCAGGAUUUGAAUAUUUUCAAAAAAAUGGAACUGCCUUGCCAGAGGCAACUUUAGAAAUUAUGAAAAAAGAAUGUGAUGGGGCACUUUUUGGGGCUGUUAGUUCGCCAUCUCAUAAAGUCGCUGGUUAUUCAUCUCCAAUCGUGGCCAUGCGAAAACAUCUAGAUCUUUACGCAAAUGUGAGACCUGUUGUGUCCGUCACAUCUGAAAAGGAUCUUAGUCAAAAACACGUUGAUAUCUUGAUAAUUAGAGAGAACACCGAAUGCUUGUAUGUAAAAAAGGAACGGCAAAUAAUUGAUGAAUCAACAGGGUUAAAGGUCGCGUGGGCCGAACGAAAAAUAAGCGAAUAUGCCUCUAGACGGUGUGGUAAAAUGGCAUUCGAAAUGGCUUUGGGAAGGGAUAAACUUCGACAAAGCAUCCCGUUAGAAAAAAGACUUUGGAAAGGGAAGCCAAAGGUGACAAUUGUUCAUAAAUCCAACGUAUUGAGCAUUACUGACGGUUUAUGGCGAGAGACAGUUCGGGGCGUUAAAGAAAAUGACCAUAAAUACGAUAGUGUAGAUAUGGAGGAACAACUCGUAGAUUCAAUGGUGUAUCGUCUUUUCCGCGAACCUCAUUAUUUUGACGUCGUU